GUAAAAAAUAACAAUAAUGUCAUCAUUAUCGUUUAUAAAAAUUAUUGUUGGGCUUAUUUUCAUUGGUACGGCAGCUAAUGGAAACUUAAUAACCUUGAAAGGACGUUGUCCAUUUGUCAAUGUUAAACCAUCAUUGGUUAAUAUUACUCCUUUCUUGAAUGGAGUAUCCAGUGUGACAUUUAAUUCAAUUGCGGAAACAGCUCCUUUAAGUGGAAUAAAUCGAACGGAUAUAACUGUGACUAUGGAACAACCCAUACCAGGUAUAUUUAAAUAUACAAAACGAUUUCGAUCUAAGGAAACCGGCCAAUGUGCGGAAUUUUUAAUUUUUAUGAAAGCUGCUAAUCAACCCGGAUUUUACGAUAUGCUGUAUCAAGUUGCACCGAAUACGAAUUUUGUAAAAUAUUCCGGAUACUUCUUAGCAAUUGAUCCAAAAAGUAUAAAGAGUAUUGGAAUGGCCUGCCAUAAUUUACCGAAUUCACAGUAUCAAAUUGAAGUUGCUGUAUUGUCAACAUCCACGUCAGAAUACGAUAAAGUUACACAAGAAGAAGUAAAAAACGCACUAGAAUUCUAUAAUUUAGGAUAUUUAUAUCAAUAUAUUGUCGGAAUUGAGAAUAAUGAUAAAUGUAAAUAAAAAUUUAUUCUCUUAUUUCAGAUUUCA